CCGAUUUUAAAGGAGAAGCCUGCCGCGAAGACACUGGAGGAGACUACCAUGCUGCUGCAGCUCCCGGUACCCAUUGGUAUUAUGUGUCAAAGACGGUUUGAACCUCGAUAUCGAACGCUGCAGAAUCUUCUGCCUGCUUUGGGUCGGAUCGUUUCGUUUCGCGCUGUUCUGGCUCGCAACAUACCACAACUUGGGUCAAGUUGGCGAUCAUCAGGGGUUGGUGUUACUGAAGACAUGGGUUUUCACAUGAUUGAUAUCCUAGUGCGAUUGUUCGGCGCACCCGACACUCUCCAAGCAUCCCGAAUAGAGGCCAUUCGCGAAGAGCAAGACUAUUCUGGAGACGACAUCGCCGACAUUACGUUCAAAUGGCGCAACCAACGGCUUGUCGGCAACAUCCAUUUGUCUCGCGUAGCCGGCGAUGAAGAGUCCAUCUUCGUGACGGGAACGGAUGGAACAGCUGUCGUGGACGAGAAGAAGACCACGCUAUUUGACAACGACGGCAACCCGUGCCAAAGCAUUGAUGAUACCUCGACGAAACAGUGCGUCAUCCGCGACAUGGUUCUCGGAUUUGGCGAUUAUGUCAAAGGGCAUACCUCAUUAUACGCAAGCUCAUUGGAAAGCCACCGGCAGACCGUAGCGACCAUGGAAGCUAUCCAACGCGCCUUCGAAAGCGGCAACAACGAGCCUGUACUGUCUUCAUCAGUCUCGGCAGCACCAGUUCCAACACAAAUCGAAGAGAUGCCCAUCAAGACACCAACCACUCCUCUAUCACGAAUGCACAUCAACACUCACUUCCACCUUCCUUCGAGCGUCCCCGAGGAAUCCUCUGCUGUUCCUCCUCCUAGUCCAGCUUUCUUCCAAGAUCACCCACUAAGCAUGUUCCACCAACACAUUGUCAACCUAGCUGCUGCUGCUGCUGGUAACAAGGAGCCGGCUUCGCUGCGGAGCAACAACAAAUCGUUGGUACGACAAUCUCGACCUCAACAGCUUUCUGGCAACAAGCGCAGACUUUCGCGCAUCGCGCGACGGAACAGUAUUCAGUGCGUUCCUCGGACGGGUAUGGCGUGGGCAUAG